AAUCAAAAGGGAGCUAUUUUCAGUCUGCAGCGCACUUCCAUAUGUUUUUCCAUAUGAAAAUUCUGAAAUGUAGAGAAACUGAGAAAGUGGGUUCUAUAGAGUGCAGACUAUAAUAUAUAUAGUCAAGUCUUCUAGAUAUAAACAGGCUAACUUGCCAUGUUGUGAAUUCCUGAGAAGUGAGAACAUAUGUAAAUGAUCUUUUCCCAUGACACAAACCCUUUGCAUGUGGGAUAGCUAUUGUUUGAAGGCUAAUGUCUCCUUUAAAAAUUGCCAUCUGACAUUGUUUAGAGUUCUUGUUUGGCAUCCAUCAAGUAGUUGUUUGACCUGCUUUGAAAUAGAACUUGAUUGUAAGACAAGCCCUUUUUAUGCGAGACCUCGUGUUUGUUUUACAGUGUCUUUGGCUGCAUUGUUGUUUUGCAUUUAAUUUCAUGCCCAAAGUAGAUCUGAUUUCCACCUCUCCAUUUGCUAUAUUCUUAUUUCAAUGCCCUGUCUGUCCCUCUUAACUAUCAUUCUUUUUCCAAAUUGCUGGGUAGUUCUUUGCUUUCUGACGUCUUGUCAUCAUUCAAUAACCAACCAGAUAGCGUAAUUGGCGAAUUAAUUGGUAGUCACUAUGUAUACUCAUUAUUUGUACUGGGAGUUAGGGUGCGUCUUUACCAAUAUAAACUAACUAGUAUUAGGUUACUUUGCAACUUCAGAUGAUAUAGUUAAAAUAAGUAUUAGCUCAUAGAAUCAAAGGAUGUGAAGACCUUAAUUAGAAAGUUUUUUCUCGACCUUUUUAGGUUUCCUAAUGCAAAUGGUGCCGUAAUAUACCCUAUUUAUGGCCAAGGGGAACUUUCUCAAGCUUUUUGUCGUCGUGCUGCUGUCAAGGGGUGCAUUUAUGUUUUAAGGAAUGCCUGUAAUUGCUCUGCUCUUGGAUAAGGAUGGGCGUACCUAUCAAGGUGUUAGAUUAGCAUCUGGCCAGGAGCUAUCCAGUCCUCAGCUGAUUCUUGCUCCUUCUUUCACGAAUCCAACAACUUCACCUCAUGCUGUAGAGGUGAAAAUUUCUAAUGAUAAAAGCCCCUCAGAUGCUGAAGGGAAGGUUGCCCGGGGAAUUUGCAUUGCCAAGAAUUCUAUAAAGCCAGAAGCUGCUAGUUGCCUGGUGUUCUUUCCUCCAAGAUCUCUGUACCCAGAACAGAUAACAUCAGUCCGUGUAUUACAGCUGAGCAGUAAUGUGGGAGUUUGCCCCCCUAAGACGUUUGUGACGUACCUGUCAGCUGUAUGUGAUGAUGCUGUGGAAGGGAAGAAAUUACUAAAUGCAGCCAUAAAUGCUCUGUUCUCUAUGGCUGUAUCUUCAUCACCUGAGAACAAUGAGAUAGAUAAUUUAUGUGAGCACACAGAAGAAAAACCUUGUUUGCUUUGGAGCGCCUUGUACAUUCAAGAUCUGACUAAGUUUCACGGUGUUUAUGACUCCAUCAGGUUCACUCCGAUUCCAGAUGAGCAUCUGCAUUAUGAUGAUAAAAGCUCUUUAAAGAAUUAUUUCCAAACGAAGACUUUUUUCGCAGUGACAAGCGCAUCUGAGGAGCAUCUUGAUGAUGAUGGGAACACUGAGUUGGAUCCGUAGAGAAAUAUUCUUAAAAACUUAUGGAGUGUUGUUAUAUACUGCCAAGCUGAUACGAAGUGGCAGGUCUACAAGAGGGGAGAUCGGGAGGUCGUUUGGCCGCCGAAUCCGGAAGAAUAGCAAGGAAGAUUUGGAAGUUGUGGCUGGGCGGCAGCUUUUGUUAGGAAGAUUUGCUUUCAAUAUCUCGGCAGCUUUGUUAGGAAGAUUUGCUUUCAUUUGUUUAUUUCAAUUUUCGCAUAGUCUAUAAAUAGGAGCUCUUGUAGAGAUAUUGAAUUAUCUUGGAGAGAUCAUAUUUAGGACGAUUUCAUAUCGUAGGCCUCCUUGUGAGGAUUAGGCCUCUGCGGAGGAUUUCACUUUCUUGUUUACUUUUGUUCUUCUCAAUUCCAGAAUUAAUAAAGCCGAGAGUUUUUCAUUCCCAAAA